AUGUAUGAAGAAAUGGGCGAAAUUAUUACUCUCAAUGGUAUCAUUAAGAAAUUAAGUUCUAAAAGUUAUUUUGAAGUUCUUAUUGAUAAAAAGGAAAGUGUUUUUGCGCUUAAGAAGACAAUUUAUGUCAAAGUUAAAGAUUCUCUUCUGAACAAUAUUACUGGUGAUAUUAGCAUUAAACUAUAUGCCAAUAUGACUGUUGAAAAUGUGUUAAGAGGCUCUAAAAUUAGUUCAUUAAACUUGGUUAAAGAUGUUUUUGAUGAUAUAAAUUCAUCUGAAAUUCAUAUUGUUAUACAAGAUAGGCGUCUUGUAUAUGUGCAAAACUAA